AAGCUCCAUACUUGAACCCCCUGAAUCGUCUUCACGUAUGAACGAUUGUCAAUUGACAGGGUUCCAGUCCUCGCGCUCGAGCAAGUGCAACACGAUAUUCUUGGCAGUUCAUCUGGGAAACAACUUUUUGCAGGAUCUUGUCAACGACAUGUCUUACAUUAUAAUUCGCGACAUUCCCACCUCAUCGUUAUAGCUGCAUGCAAAGCGUUCCAUUCCAUUUCUAGUAUUCAUUUGGGAAACAUGAACAUCGCCUCGAGCGAUCAUGGACGAUCCUUGGGGCUCGCCUUGGGCAUCUUCAGAUACCACGUCCAAACUUCAGCCUCCCACUCCGAUACCGUCACCGCCGAAGGAUCUACUUAGCCCUCCACCGAGAGCUUUCAUCGGUAGCACGUCAAACCUCCAAAUUCAAUCACCAUGGGCGAAUGACGAUGGGUUUAGAGAUUGGACUGGUGCCGAACAAGCGGAUAUCACAGCGAACGCGCUAGAUUGGGGAGUAUGGGCAGAGCCGCCCUCACGGAUUUCUCAGCCUAGUCCAAGGCCUGGAUCGAUAAACAGGAGUUCAAUUGCAUUGCCGAGCAGUGCUGCGACAUCACCCGGAUUGAGACCACUUCCGCGAUCUCGAGGUUCUUCCGUCUUCCGACAUCACUCCCCCGAUCCGUGGGCGACCGAAUUUUCAUUACAAGAUAGGAAACCCGAUUCCCCGAUUGUCAACUUGGAUGCGCUAGGGAUAGCUGCUCUAGAUGACCGCGCCGAAAUACUUGAGACGCCUGCGCCGUCAGCACAAAGGAAGGAUGUUGUGGAAGCUCUUGAGGCGAGCGUAGAGGAUACCCAAUCAAGGAAAGAAGGCACCAAACCAUUAGAUGAUGAAUUACAGUCACGUGAACCAUCAUCGUUACGAUCGAGCCCUCGAGAAUCCCGCGAUGUAGAUGCCGAUUCGGUCCCUAAAGUAGACAUACAUGAUAACCCGUCUAGGCCGUCGUCAGUCCUCUCACUGGGUAGUUCUAAUGAAGUCGAACGUCAGGACUCACCCAUCACAUCAAUCGACGAAGAUCCCAAGUCGCGCUUGCAGGCUACGUCUCGGAAAGCUUCUGGCAAAGUUCAGGAGUUGGUCGGAUUGUAUGAUCACUUGGCAAAGGCUGUCACGGAGGAGCCGUCUCCCCCGAGACUUGACGCCCCAAGCAGAGGAAGUCGAGAGAGAUCGCUAAGCCAGGCUCGAAGCAUUGGAGCCGAAGAUGAUACAGAUUUCGGCGACUUUGAAGAUGUUAAGAGUGAGUAUAGCAAACCAGCAUCCGUUAUAAAUACUUCAACUCCCUCUAAAAGAUCGCCAACACCCAAAGCUCCUGUCGACGACACGAUCAACCAAAAUCAAGCGAAUGAGUCCCCUGGGCGCGAAAACGCGUCGCUUAAGGAGGCUUCAGCCUCUAUCCAGAAAAUUAUUGAGAAAUUUGGCCCUGUGCGAUUUGACGUCGAUUUUCAAUUAAUUGACAAAAUUUUCCCUGAUCUUCCUGGGGAUACGGAUGAGAAAACAAGCGAAACCAUCGAAAUUCCGGAACGAAUCAUUCAAGAUAGUUUCACGGCAAUAUCAGAACGCAAAACGUGGUAUCGAAUCUCCCGUUAUGGGUCGAUGCUUAAGCAUGAUUCGGGCGAUGAAGAUAAUUAUCAUAGGGUGCAGUGGUCAAAAUCUCAUAUACACAGCGAUACUAUAAAGAUCGUCAGAAGGUGGAUGGAGGAAGAUUCAAUCGCUGGCCGAACAACAGUAGGAGUUGGGCAACGGACAAGUGUUUUCAAUUGGGACUCUUCUGCGGCAGCUCCUGUCGAUUUGGGCAAGGUCUUUGCUCGAAAAACUUCCGUCGCCCAUUCACGGAACAGUUCCAUGACGCCUCAAAUCCAAAGCCCGUCACAAUCCGUGCAUUCUAUAGGGUCCAGUUUUGAUGCGAGAAAAUCGAUAAAGAGUCCAAUCCUACCCCCUUCCGGAGCACCUAUCCAAAAGGCGAUCGCCAACCCUAACUUCCGUUGGAGCUCGGAAAGCAUCAGGUCAGCCCCGAUUACGCUUCCUAGCAGAGAUGAAAAGAUUGAACAUACAGCACCGAAAACUCAAACGGUACCUGCUGCUAUCAAAAUCGAAUCUAGAACGAGCACAACGAAUCAAACACCUAUACAGGCAACCCAAACUGAAGUCAUUUUGGAUGACGAAGACGAUGACUGGGGAGAAAUGGUGUCGUCUCCCCAAGUGGAUGUUCAUCCCGGCCCUAGUCUCACAAAGCCACUAAACAAUGCUAAUGGCAGUACCUCAACAAUACCAACUGUCCUUGCGAACGACAUAUCCAAGGUGGAUCCAAAAAACAUAGCAGUUGCACAAAGCAACAAUACGGCACCUAAGUUAUCAGUUUCGAUACCACAGAGUAGUCAGGCGCCUCAGAAAGUGCCUCAACAAACGGGCUCUUCGAGUGCUGCCCCAAGGGUAGAUCCAUGGCCUCUAGCAGAUUUCUCUAUUUUCGAGAGUCUAUCUGCCGGGACGCCAAAGUCUCUAAGACAAGACCCCUGGCCCCUUGCCGAUUUUUCUAUGUUCGAAUCACCAACAUCGGGGUCGGUGUCAAAUUGGAUGAGCUCGCUGAAAUCCAAAUCAAAGCCCAUCACGAAGCCCCGCGAGAGUCAAAGUAUUCGGGCAAGCAUGGACCAAGUUAUAGAAACUCAGACCCCAUUAAAGGCUGUGCUUGGUCCGAUUCAGAGUUCAAAUUCGGAACGAGGACAAGACGAUAUUGUCAGGAGUAUUAUACAAAACCUCCCAGACUUGUCGUACAUGUUGCAUUAAGUCACUUCUGCAUGGAUUGGUUAUAUUUGCUAUAUCGAGUUGAUAAUAUUUAUGGUUGAUGAAAUAAGAUGCGAUGG